AAGUCGGACAUCAAACUUUAAUUCCUUAAUAAAAGAAAAAAAGAGAAAAACAAACGCGUCCUAAAUUUGCUGCGCUAAAAUCCGUAUGCCGUUAUUUCAGGUAGAGUCUGAGGGCAUUUCUGUAUUCUCCGCCUUCCGUUGGCAUAAAUUCUCAACUAUUUCAGAGAAGCAGAGAAAAAAAGAAAACAAGAAUCGGAGGAGAGAAGGAGAAGAAAUUCUGAAGAAGUCUCCAUCACUUUCUCUCUCAAAAAUUUCUUCAAUUUCUUCUCGUCAUCCAUUUUUCUUCGUUUUUCCCAUUAACUUCUCCGAUCUGCACAUAUUUCUGUACAAAAAUCACACUCUUUAGCGCCAUGAAUCUAUUUAAAUAUCUUUAGCUGGGUUUUGUUUCCAAUUCCGUUUAGGUUUGUUUUUAUUCUAGACUGUAAAUACUAGUACUAAUAAUCAAGCUCGCAGCAGAACCGGGGGCUCGAAAUCGCGGCAAUCAUUCCAAAAUCACGAGUUUUAGGGCGCCAAAUUUGGUACGAUUAUGACGGUGCCGACGAUCGCUCUCUACGCGAGCCCUAGCAGCGUCUGUUCUGCGCCUCACCAGAUCAAUUCUCACGCGCCAUACGAUUUAGACGUGACCAGCCGGUCAACCUCGUCGUCGGCGGCGUCGCCGUCGCAAAGAGCGGUGACCGGGGGGUUAUCCUGCCUGUUUUCGACGGCCCCGAUCAAGUCGGCGAGUUAUUCGACCGGGGGCGAGGAAUUGGGGUCGCUGUGGCAUGACAGAACGGAGGAGCUGGGGUCUUCGUAUCGGUACUCGUCGUUGAGCUCGUCUUUUAAGCGAGAUCAGGCUCAUCAGAGCCCGAUUUCUGUGCUCCAGGGCCCGAGUAGCUCGAUUGGUUUGAACUCUCGAAGCGUGCCUUUGAGAAUGAAUGGGGAAUUCAAUUCAAUUAGGUCGGGAAGUGGUUGUAUGUUUAACGGAUUCGUCAGGCAUGCGCUGGGGGCGUGUGUAGAUUACGAUUCGCCCCCUUUGGGCUUGGAUGUUGUGGACUCUGAUUCAUCAUCGUCGAGUAUGUUGCCUACAGAUGAUCUUACUUUCAACAUGGAGGGUAGUUUUGUGGAGUUUGACCUCCCUUCUUACGCAAAAGAUUUGCUUUGUGAAGCGCAGUCGAGGCAUUCGAUUUUCAGGGAUGAUUUCGUUAUCAAGGCUUUCGACGAAGCGGAGAAGGCUCACAGAGGCCAGAAGCGAGCUAGUGGGCAUCCUUAUUUGCAGCAUUGUGUGGAGACGGCGAUGCUGCUGGCAAACAUUGGCGCUAAUUCUACAGUUGUUGCUGCAGGGCUUUUGCAUGAUUCCGUUGACGAUUCUUUUGUUACUCUUGACCAUAUUUCAGCGUCAUUUGGAACUGGAGUUUCGGAUUUAGUCGAAGGGGUGUCGAAGCUGAGCCAAAUGAGCAAGCUUGCACGGGACAACAACACUGCCAACAAGACUGUUGAGGCAGAUCGACUGCACACCAUGUUCCUUGCAAUGGCAGAUGCUAGGGCUGUUCUGAUAAAGCUAGCUGACAGGUUGCACAAUAUGGAAACUUUGGAUGCAUUGCCUAUGAUCAAACAACAAAGAUUUGCCAAGGAAACUUCUGAAAUAUUCGUACCACUGGCUAAUAGAUUAGGCGUCUCCUCUUGGAAAGAGCAGCUUGAAAAUCUCUGUUUCAAACAUCUCCACCAUGAUCAGUAUCAGGAGUUGUCAUCCAAGCUUGUGAAGUUCUUUGAUGAGGCUGUGAUUACUUCUUCGGUAGAGAAGCUGGAGCAAGCUCUCAAGGCUGAAUCAGUUUCUUACCAUUCUCUGUCAGGCAGGCACAAAAGCUUGUUUGGCAUCCAUUCCAAAAUGUCCAAAAAGAAGCUAAAUAUGGAGGAAGUUCAUGAUAUCCAUGGAUUAAGAUUGAUUGUUGAAACAGAAGAAGAAUGUUAUAAAGCUCUAAAAGUUGUCCAUCACCUGUGGCAUGAAGUGCCUGGGAGAUUCAAGGACUACAUAGUUUAUCCCAAGUGCAACGGAUACCAAUCUCUACACACAGUAGUGAUGUUUGACAGUCUGGUUCCUCUCGAAGUUCAGAUCCGAACCAAAAAGAUGCAUCUUCAAGCUGAGUAUGGGUUUGCUGCCCACUGGAGAUACAAGGAAGGAGAGUGCAAACACUCUUCAUUUGUUCUUCAGAUGGUUGAAUGGGCGCGUUGGGUUAUUUCGUGGCAGUGUGAGGCAAUGAGCAAAGACAGGUCGUUGAUUGGUUUUUUUGAUUCCAUGAAACCACCUUGUAUGUUCCCUACCCACUCCAAAGAUUGCGAAUUUUCUUGCAAACCUCAAUGUGGCUCCAACGGACCUGUCUAUGUUAUCAUGAUUCAGAACGAUAAGAUGUCUGUACAGGAGUUACCUGCAAACUCAUCUGUGAUGGAUCUGUUGGAAACAGUGGGUCGAGGCAGUUACAGAUGGACCUCGUAUGGGUUCUCUAUGAAAGAGGAGUUGAGGCCGAGGGUAAACCAUGAGGCUGUGAGUGAUCCAAGCUGCAAGUUGAAGAUGGGGGAUGUCGUAGAACUCACCCCGGCCAUACCGGAUAAGUCACUGCCCGUCUACCGGGAAGAAAUCCAGCGGAUGUACGACAAGGGCUGUUACCAUAUCAAGUGCAAUGCGUAGCCAUAGUAAGCUGAGCUCCCUCGAAUUCAUUUAUUUGUUGUAAAACCAUUUCAUUACAAAAAUAUGUAUGUUCAUGUAAAUACAACACACAUAUAUAUAUACAAAAAAAAAGGAAAAAAGAAUUACCUAUUGUAAGUUGUAAUGCGAUGCCCGAGCUUCAUUAUAUUUAUUGCACAAAGUAUUUUGCAUA